CCUUUGAACCACUCCCCUAUCAUAAUUUUCUUUCCUUUCCAGACUCAUCAUGGCGAAGGCACGUACGAAGAAGCGCACUCACCUUCGCGCCCAAAAUGCUUCUGCCGCCGCCGCUAAAGGCAGCAGCGCCUCGCACACGAGCAAAACUCCGAAGUCGAUGGUUAUCCGUGUCGGUGGUUCUCAAGUCGGUUCUAGUGUCAGUCAAUUGGUCAAGGAUGUUCGUUUGAUGAUGGAGCCAGACACAGCUGUGCGAUUGAAGGAACGUAAAUCAAACAGACUGAGAGAUUACACCGUCAUGACGGGACCUCUUGGUGUCACGCAUCUUAUGCUUUUCUCGAAGUCCGCUACAGGUAACACAAACAUGCGUAUGGCGCUCACCCCACGCGGUCCGACACUUCACUUCAAAGUCGAGAAUUACUCUUUGUGCCGAGACGUAGAGAAGGCGUUGAAGCGUCCGAGAGGCGGCGGCCAGGACCACAAGACACCACCCUUGCUGGUGAUGAAUAACUUCAAUUCCCCGAACGCCACCGAGGACUCUAAAGUGCCGAAGCGACUCGAGACUCUCACGACCACUAUCUUCCAAUCACUCUUCCCCCCAAUCAACCCGCAAGCUACUCCUCUCUCAUCUAUCCGCCGUGUGAUGCUCUUGAACCGGGAACUUAACUCCGAUAGCAAAGAAGAUGAUUCUUACAUCUUAAAUCUGCGACACUACGCUAUUACGACCAGGAAAACGGGUAUCUCCAAGCGCAUUCGCCGCCUGGAUCCUAAGGAAGUUCGCAAUAGGGAAAAGAGAGGUGUUGCUGUUCCUAAUCUAGGAAAGUUGGAAGAUGCUGCGGAUUACCUGUUGGAUCCAUCCGCCGCGGGUUAUACAUCUGCUAGUGAAACCGAAUUAGACACAGAUAAUGAGGUUGAGAUCGCAGAGAACACGACAAAGAGGGUCUUGAACAAGAGGGAAUUACAGCGCAUGAAGGCUGGAGAGAAGGAAAAGGCUCAGAAGAAGUUGAACGCUACGCCGGAAGUGGAGAAGCGCGCGGUUAAGCUGGUCGAGCUGGGCCCCCGCCUGAAGCUCCGGCUGGUUAAGGUUGAGGAAGGGUUGUGCGAAGGCAAGGUCAUGUGGCAUGACUACAUCCAUAAGUCCGAAGCAGAUAGGAAGAAGCUAGACAAGAACUGGGAGAAGAAGAACAAGGAGAAAGCAGAGCGGAAGAGGCUGCAGAAGGAAAAUAUUGAGAAGAAGAAGGCCGAGAAAGCGAAGGCCCGGGCUGAAGGCAAACAAGUUGAGGAUGACGAAGACGAGGAAAUGGAUGUGGAUGAUGACGAGGAUGACUGGCUCAGUGAUGAUUUUGAUGAAGACGAAGGUGCGGAGCUAGAAGGGGAGGACGACGAAUCCAUGGAGGAAUAGAGGACUCAUCACUUUUGCUCCCUUAAUUGUUCGCGAAAAACGGCAUCUCGCACCAAGUCCUGUCCAACGAGCACGAGAAAGUACACAAGUGUCCCAGAUCUGCCUUGGCCGUUGUCAGCGUCGUUCAUAUAACGCGGAGCUGUUAGCGAAGCCAGCAACCAUAUCCACUCUGUUGGGUUAACGACGAUAGCCUUGAGCCGAAUAUCUGCGCAAGUAUAGUUACUAAGGCUUCGGGUGCCUUGUCGGGAUUCUGGGGAUUUUAUGGGGGGUGUCGCAAGUAGUAUUUCAUUCAGGUGACCAGAUUAUACCCUUUGAUGGCAUGCAAUAAAAGUGUUUGGUGUUUCCUGGCAAUAUACUAGCAAACUGGCUGUUCAAUCUGCGCAUUCUUCACAAUC